AGGCGGCUGGCCACCAAGUCAGGGGGUCGUGAGGUUCCGUGCGGACCAGCCCACAGCGGCUCAUUCGGAGAGGUGGGUCCCCCUCGGAGAGGUGAAAGGCUCCGCUGCGACACGCCCCCACCCCCCGCGGUGCAAGUGGUUCAGCCCGACAACUUUUCAUUCAUAAAAAAGACAAGACUCCGCGAGGCUCCAGUGAGUCAGAACCGCAGCCGCCGACGCGGACCCCACCGAGCAUCCAGCCCAGGGCAUGUACCGAGACUUCGGGGAACCGGGACCGAGCUCCGGGGCCGGCAGCGCGUACGGUCGCCCCGCGCAGCCCCCGCAGGCUCAGGCGCAGACCGCCCAGCAUCAGAAGUUCCACCUUGUGCCAAGCAUCAAUGCUGUGAGUGGCAGCCAGGAAUUGCAGUGGAUGGUGCAGCCUCAUUUCCUGGGACCCAGUGGCUAUCCCCGACCUCUGGCCUAUCCCCAGUACAGUCCCCCUCAGCCCCGGCCAGGAGUCAUACGAGCCCUAGGGCCACCUCCAGGGGUGCGUCGUAGGCCCUGUGAGCAGAUCAGCCCAGAGGAGGAAGAGCGCCGCAGAGUGAGGCGUGAAAGGAACAAGUUAGCAGCAGCUAAGUGCAGAAACCGAAGAAAGGAACUGACAGACUUCCUGCAGGCGGAGACCGACAAAUUGGAGGACGAGAAAUCGAGCCUGCAGCGAGAGAUUGAAGAGCUGCAGAAACAGAAGGAGCGCCUUGAGCUGGUGUUGGAAGCCCAUCGCCCCAUCUGCAAAAUCCCAGAAGGAGAUAAGGACACAGGUGGUACCAGCAGCACCAGCGGCUCUGGCGCCCGUGGCGGCGGCAGCCCACCAGCCCCCUGCCGCCCGGUACCUUGUAUCUCCCUUUCUCCAGGGCCUGUACUUGAACCUGAAGCCCUGCACACCCCCACGCUCAUGACCACACCGUCUCUGACUCCCUUUACUCCCAGUCUGGUUUUCACCUACCCUAGCACACCAGAACCUUGUUCCUCAGCACAUCGAAAGAGUAGCAGCAGCAGUGGCGACCCCUCCUCCGACCCCCUGGGUUCUCCCACACUCCUGGCUUUGUGAGACACCCAACCACACCCCUUGCUGGUGCUACCCCAGCCUCCUUUUCCCCACUGAUCCAGCAGGCCUGGACCAUAACCAUGCUCCAAACCAGCAGGUCCUUUAUCUCUCAGAUUAGAACAAACAUAUUAUGCUUUGAUGUAGAGCCAGCUUGGGGGGGGUCCCCAAAGCUGCUCAUUGUUUCUCUAGAGCUGGCCUAUCAUAAUUUGCACAAAAUUAGAGACAAAAUAUGUCCCCUUUAGGCCAGAGAAAUCCUGGCAGCCCAGUCUUUGUAGAUCCCCAGUGGUCCUUUGGAGCCCUUUCCCUUCCUUGCAGACCACUCUCAUGCUAUGUCACUUUCUUCAUACGAUCCAGCCAGCCCUACACCCAGACAGGUGUCCUUUUACUAGUCUAGAACACUAACUCACACAGCUCCACUGCCAGCAGCGACAGGGCAUCCUGCAGGCUCCUCCUGAAUGGCACAACUCAGGAGGCACUGGUGGCUUCUGUGAUGAGCUGAGCUGCACUCCCAAGCUUUGAGAAGCCUCUACUUCCAGGGUAUCCAAGCCUCCACAUCAAGGGCAGCUGCUAUUUAUUUUCCUAAAGAGACUAUUUUUAUACAAACCUUCCAAAAUGGAAUAAAGGCUUGAAGCUCUA